UGCUUCCGGCUUGCGCGGUGUUGCUGGUUUCCCACGUGUGUUUCCUCUUCGCGAUUCUUGGAUUAACCCUGACUCUGGUGGAUUUGUCGGGCCGGGGUUGCCUGCAGACUUAAGGAUGAAGGCCAGAAGAAAUAAAAAACAGGUCCCAAGCUUUCGGAAGUUGUUGAAAACUAGUAAAGUCAAACUUGAAAACAAGCUAAAAAACAAACAAUUUAAACAACAAAGCACUCUCAAGAAGUAUCGAAAAGAACAGAGGAAACUAAGGCAAGCUGUAAAAGAUGCUGUGUCUAAGAAACCUAUUCCAUUGGAGGACCCAAAGGAAAAACGACCAGGUAAACGGAUUGAGAGGGAAGAGGAAGAAGAGGAGGAAGCUCUUCCUUUAGAUAUGAUGGAUGAAGAUGACUUACAAUUAAUGAAGGAUUUAGGACAAAGAGCAUCUUUUCUAACGAGAGAUCUUUCUUCUAGCCAGCCUGUUCAUGCCAAGAAACGGAAGCAUGAGCGUGUUAUAGAUAAAUAUGAAAAGAUACCAAGAACCCUGCAAACUGCACCUGAGAAAGAACUGAUUCACUUACUUCCUAUCAAAGAUAAAAGUGGCAUAAUCCCACAGACCAGAGAGAAACCAGUUACUGACAGUAACCAAGAUGAAGAGGACCAAGAAGAGAUGGAACCUGAGGAAGAGAUCACUGAAGAGCCCAUUAAAGAGCUGACAUUAGAAGAACAUUUAAUUGAGAGGAAGAAGAAACUGCAGGAGAAGAAAAUGCAUAUUGCAGCCUUGGCAUCUGCCAUAUUAUCAGAUCCAGAAAGUAAUAUUAAAAAAUUGAAAGAAUUACGUUCCAUGCUCAUGGAACAGGAUCCUGACGUGGCUGUUACUGUUCGAAAGCUGGUGAUCGUCUCUCUGAUGGAGUUAUUUAAAGACAUUACUCCUUCAUAUAAAAUACGACCCCUAACAGAGGCAGAAAAAUCUACCAAGAUUCGCAAAGAAACCCAAAAGUUAAGAGAAUUUGAAGAAGGCCUGGUUAGCCAAUAUAAAUUUUAUUUGGAAAAUCUGGAGCAAAUGAUUAAAGACUGGAAGCAGAGGAAGCUGAAGAGAAGUAACGUGGUGUCCUUGAAGGCCUACAAGGGCCUGGCAGAGGUGGCUGUGAGGAGCCUGUGCGAGCUGCUGGUGGCCCUGCCGCACUUCAACUUCCACAGCAACAUCGUCGUGCUGCUCGUGCCUCUCAUGAGUGACGUGUCGAAGUCGAUAUCUGAAAUGUGUUGUGAAGCAGUAAAGAAACUCUUUAAGCAAGAUAAAUUAGGCCAAGCUUCCCUGGGUGUAAUUAAAGUGAUUUCUGGUUUUGUGAAGGGCAGAAAUUAUGAAGUUAGGCCAGAGAUGUUAAAAACAUUCUUGUGCCUAAGAAUCAAAGAAGUAGAAGUGAAAAAAGAUACAGAAGAUAUUAAUAAACCAAAAAAGUUCAUGACUUUCAAGGAAAAGAGGAAAACUCUAUCAAGAAUGCAGAGGAAGUGGAAGAAAGCAGAAGAGAAACUAGAGAGAGAGCUUCGGGAGGCAGAAGCUUCGGAGAGUACUGAGAAAAAACUUAAAAUGCACACAGAAACUCUGAAUAUCGUGUUUGUAACCUACUUCAGAAUAUUGAAGAAGGCCCAGAGGUCACCUCUCCUGCCAGCAGUUCUGGAAGGUCUUGCCAAGUUUGCUCACCUUAUAAAUGUGGAGUUUUUUGAUGAUUUAUUAGUAGUUCUGCAUUCUCUCAUUGAGUCUGGUGACCUAAGCUAUCAAGAAAGUCUUCACUGUGUCCAGACUGCUUUUCAUAUUCUUUCUGGGCAAGGUGAUGUUCUAAAUAUUGAUCCAAUGAAAUUCUAUACACACCUUUACAAAACACUGUUCAAGUUACACGCAGGUGCUACGAAUGAAGGUGUUGAGAUCGUCCUCCAGUGCCUUGAUGUCAUGCUGACUAAGCGCAGAAAACAAGUUUCUCAGCAGCGGGCCCUUGCCUUCAUCAAGCGCCUUUGUACCCUUGCUCUUCAUGUGCUUCCAAAUUCAAGCAUUGGCAUUUUAGCAACUAACAGAAUAUUAAUGCAUACUUUCCCCAAAACAGAUCUGCUGCUUGACAAUGAAUCUCAGGGAAGCGGGGUUUUCCUGCCGGAGCUGGAUGAACCUGAGUACUGCAAUGCUCAGAACACUGCUCUGUGGGAAUUGCAUGCACUGCGGCGACAUUACCAUCCCAUAGUGCAGAGAUUUGCAGCUCACCUCAUCGCUGGAGCCCCUUCUGAAGGCUCAGAAGCACUCAAACCAGAGUUGAGCCGAAGAUCUGCUGCAGAACUCUUUGAGGCUUAUAGCAUGGCAGCAAUGACAUUCAAUCCUCCUGUUGAAUCUUCGGACUCUAAGAGGAAGGAUAAAGUUUUACAAGGGGAUUCAUUUUUGAAUGAAGAGUUAAAUCAACUAAUCAAAAGACAUUGUAAUGAAGUUGCUACUCAGUUGCCUCUGGAUUUUAGCAAAUCUUUGAAAACAUCACUACGGUAGUAGAAGAAUGAAGAGUCAGUGGACUUGGUUGUGUAUUUGUGUGUUUGUGCAGAUGCACAGAUAGAUAUAUUGUUAAUUUAGGACCUUCGCUUGAGGAGGAAGAGUUAUCCUUUGCGUGGCACAGGGUUCUGUCCCAGUUCUGAAAAUAUGCACAGGGAAAUCAAGACCAUGAGAUUGUUUUUUACCAUUCAGUUACUCUUAUAACGGAAUACUCUUUAUAACCAAAUAAAUCUAUUUUUAUUGCACCACCAUGAGGGAAGUGAGAAACAUUCUAAAUUUGAGUGUCUAUCUUUUUAUGAAAAUUUUUGAGGAAAGGAAAAAUAGCUUGCAAUUGGCUACCAGGUUCUUUGGCUCUUACUGGACAAUAUGCUUUGAGAAGUAACCUAAUUUGGUGUAUGUGAAAAAGGACGAGUGCUCAUCAUGACGGCUUUCAAAGACAGUUUGAAUGUGAUUCUAGUCUCUUCAAAGUUCUUUGCAUUUUCUGACAUGCUCUGGAAGGGUGAUGGGGGAAGAAUUGCUCCCAGGUGGAAAAAAACAAGUCUGAGACUUUACCAUUCUAUUUUAGGGAUAAAGGGUACCCAGUGAGGGGCUCCCCCAACCUUUUCUUCUUCUUCUUUAUUUUUUUUAACAAAUGAAAUGCUUAUUCUUUUGAAUGUUAUUAAAAAGCAGUAUUUUAUGUGACAGCUAUUGUCAUAUUCUAGGAGUGGCUUGUGAAAUAAGUGUUUUAAUGACCGGGUUAUAAAUAUCCUCUACUGUGAAUAGUUGAGUAAAACAGCUUCGUUUUUCUGCUUCCUAACCUUGUGAUGUGAGAAUUUUAAAAAAUGCACAGCAGUAGUCCAACUAAAUAGAUCUCUUAUGUCUUCAAAGCUACAGAAGCCAAAUAUUUUGGUCUAGUGCUUAAAGUUUUUUCUCAUGCAGUAAAUGAAAAUAGAAAGCUCCUUUUUCGUUCCAGCAGAGUGGAGAAUAUCGGCUUAAUAGUGCAUGUUAAUCUUUUAGCAUAUUGUAUGUGGUUUUAAAAAGUGUUUCUAAGACCAGUUUUUUUAGGCUUGAUUAUUUAAUGGUGAGAAUUGUAUGGUUCAACAUAUAAAUACUUGCUUUUAGCGUACUUUUUAGAUAUUAAAAGUCUGGGAGUGUUAUGAAUAUUUGUUUAGAUGACCAAGGGGUCUUUCCAUUGGAGCACAAGUGACCAGUACAUGUCACAAAUCAUUUAUUUUCCAAACAUAUACAAAUACAUUUAUAUUUCACUUCGGCAGCAGAAACUAUAGUUUAAAUGAAAAAUCAAUUUUAAAAUAAAAAUUCAUCAACUAUUUCACACUUGUUACACAUAUGGAGAAUCACAGUGGGACCAUAAAAUUAUACAUCUUGUAUUUGAAUAUCCUAUAUGAAUUUGAGGCUGAAGCAUAUUUGUGCACUAACUUCUAUAGCCUUGUAUUGACGAGUUUCAUUUUCAGAACUAAAUAUUAUAGUUGUUAAUAGUAACACACACACACUCUCUCUCUCUGAGGCUAUCAGCUAUAGCCUUAAUAUUUAUUUUUUUAACUAGAUAAAUAUUGAGCACCUGCUAUGUGCUUUAGCACUGUGCUAGGCACUUAAAAGUGAAGUGGGGUAAUAACAGGCAUAAGACAUGGCCUCAGUCUUCCAUGCCCAUGCAUGUUGAGUCCGAUGAUUCACACAUUAUUUUUGAAUGCGACAUUUGCCCAAUUCAGUGUCAGAGUGAGUUGUUUCAAAGUUCAGAGACCUGUAUCAUCUGAAAUAGGGAAGGUUUCAGAGGACUGCUUGCUGGCAGACUUUUGAGCAUAGUAUGUUCUGGACCUAAGAGCUGUAUACGAACAGCUUUGUAAUCAUGGAGAUUCAGUACUUCAAAAACACUCAGGUAUUCCUGUCAGAAUCCUUAGCCAUCAUCAGGCAAGGACUGCAUUUAGGAAGUUGAUACGUAGAGAUGGCAGAGAACAUAUAAAUUGUUAGCAGUGUACUGUAUCAUGGAAAUGUUGACCCAGGUAUGCGUUUUGUGUAAGAGGCAAUCUCCUUUUCUAAUAACUUCUUUGGAGGGCCCACGUAUUCACUCUUCUUGCCUUGCUGCUGAUGUGAAAGAAACAACUGAAAGGAUUCGAGGCAGCCACCUAGAGAGCUCUUCCCCUGUAGGCUGCCUCUCACUAUGCCAAGUUUUAGAUCAGACACCAGCCAGGAAAAUCCUCCUUACUGGUGUGGGACCAGAGCUGUGGACCUUUGUGUUUUAGUUAAUUCAGUCUUAUAGGACCAGUACGCAAGCUUUGAUUACUUUUCAGAAUUAAGCAAGGCCUGUGGGUGUCUGGCAGAAGAGAGCUCUACAGAGAGAUCAGAAAGGGAGAGAACAGAGGAAAGGGAAGAUGUCGUUUUUUUAAAAAAGUACACACAGAGCCAUAGGGGAGGCCCGCUUUCAUUAAUGAGCCUCCAGUGUCUGCAGAGCCAUCGAGAUGGGAGACCUUUGUGUGAAAGCAGAUUUCACUUUUGACUCACUUUUGUUGAGUCUAGACCCCGUAUUCCCCCCCCAGCUAGAGAAUUAAAUAACUUUUACUUGGUAGGGAUGACACGAAAAGAGGCAUUCCUUCAAGAGGGCACUUCCUGCCCGGAUAACGUUGUUACUCCCUACAGAUUUACCCUCAAACUUAUUCUCAGCUCCGUCACACCUUUAUAUAAUGUCACAUUAGUUUGCAAAACAAGCAGUUGCAGAGGAGGUGACCGAGAGGAAGUUAAUCUGUUUCUUCCAGCAUCACACAUCAUACUGGAUUCUUAUUCUAAUCCUUUCUUGCCAGCUAUCAUAAUCUUAAAAGUUGGUACCACCUAACAGACAGAAUUCAUGCUUCUUUUUGUUUCUUAAAUUUGUGUGUGUGUGUAAAGCGUCUUAAAAUAUUUUUUUCAAAAAUUUUUAAUAAAUCCAGCUUGCUGA